GGGCGGCCUCCUCCGGCGCCUCCCUGCGCCCGCCCGCCGCCUCCCUCCCUCCUUCCCUGCGGCUCCCCUGGCUUUCGGAGCCCGGGGGCGGCCUGUGGCGCGCGGAGCCCGCGCCGGACUGCGCCUCUUUGGACCUUGAGGGGAAACAUGCGUUUGGCUUGGAUCGUUUUAAAUUCUUAGUUUGGGGUCCCCGCCCGCCUGCCUCUUCCGCCCCGCGAUUUUUCUGCUUUUCGCUUUUUUGUUUUUUGGGCUUUUUCCUUUUCUUCCUCCCGGUCUCCUUUUUGACUCCCUCCCCCUUUAUGCUCGCCCAGCCCUCCCCCCGCUGCUGAGAAGUGGGGGAGGGUCUCGGCCUCUAGGUUCCCGCCCCACCGAGGCCCGGGCGAGCAUGGGGGGCAAGCAGAGCACGGCGGCCCGCUCCAGGGGCCCCUUCCCGGGGGUCUCCACCGAUGACAGCGCUGUGCCCCCGCCGGGAGGGGCUCCCCACUUUGGGCACUACCGGACGGGCGGCGGGGCCAUGGGGUUGCGCAGCCGCUCGGUCAGCUCGGUGGCGGGCAUGGGCAUGGACCCCAGCACGGCCGGGGGGGUGCCCUUUGGCCUCUACACCCCCGCCUCCCGGGGGACCGGCGACUCCGAGAGAGCGCCCGGCGGCGGAGGGUCCGCGUCCGACUCCACCUAUGCCCACGGCAAUGGUUACCAGGAGACGGGCGGCGGUCACCAUAGAGACGGGAUGCUGUACCUGGGCUCCCGAGCCUCGCUGGCGGAUGCUCUACCUCUGCACAUCGCACCCAGGUGGUUCAGCUCGCACAGUGGUUUCAAGUGCCCCAUUUGCUCCAAGUCUGUGGCUUCUGAUGAGAUGGAAAUGCACUUUAUAAUGUGUCUGAGCAAACCUCGCCUCUCAUACAAUGAUGAUGUGCUGACAAAAGAUGCGGGUGAGUGUGUGAUCUGCCUGGAGGAGCUGCUUCAGGGGGACACGAUAGCCAGGCUGCCCUGCCUGUGCAUCUAUCAUAAAAGCUGCAUAGACUCGUGGUUUGAAGUGAACAGAUCUUGUCCAGAACACCCUGCGGACUGACCCUGUCGGGCUUGCUUGCCGAAUCCUCUCAAAGACGCCCUGGCCAGCCUGCUCUCAGCAGGACACCUGCUGCCACUGUGGGAUGCAGCAGCCAGCCCUCAGCCAGACGAGCACGGCUGACUUACUCCGAUCCACACAGGGACAGACAGCCCUGUUCCUGAGAGGAGGCUCAUCGGACACUGGGGCAGAGCUGAGUUUGGGACACCAGUGGGAACAGGGCACCUCUUCUGCACUGACUUCCAGAAAACGGUUCUCCCUCUUCCCUGAGAACACCAGAUUGGAUGAGAGCGAGUUGGAGAGAAGAGUGAAAUCACCGCUAUCCUUCCCCUCCCCCCUCAGCCCAGGAGGGAAAGGGCAUUUUCUUUUUCACCUUUGAAAGGCAUUGUGGGUCUGUCUUUAAAGUGUUUACAAAAAAAAAAAAAAAAAAUUAUAUAUAAAAAAAAAAAAAAAAGUCUAGUGUCGACUGGUGUUUUCCCUCGUGAUGUUUACAGAUUAGCUAUAACCCACUCAGCGACAGAACCAAAUGUGGCCGCGUCCUUGCCACUAAUGCUCUGACGGCGGGCGGGCACACACCUUCUCUUCCUUCACCCAGCACCCAGUCAGCUCUCGGUGUCACCAGCCUCUAUCUAGGGGUUGGGUUGCUUUUGUUUUGUUUCUCCCUCCCAUUUUUCUGGCUUGGUUUUGCACUUUUCUCCCCAAGGGACCCUAAUAUCUUGGUUUCAUUGCCCCCCACCCCCUGGCAAAAAAAAAAAAAAAUACACCCAUCAAGGACUUUUUUCCACCUCUUCUCCCAUGUCUUCCCCCUUCUUUCCUCCUGGUUCUGGUCAGUUCAGAGGAUUUAACAACCACAAGUGUCCUGCAAAAAUGCCUGAACAUUUUUCUUAGGCCCUUGUGGGUUUUUCCCCCCAGAAAACUAAAUAAACAAAAGACUAAAUAAACAUAUCCUGCUACCCCUGUUUUCAGGCACUCUGAGAACAUUUAGCCAUUGAUGUUCACACAUGGCAUCAGCCCAUGCAAGAUAGGUUUCUGUAUUUAUAUAUUUAAAAAAAAACUUAUAAAAUGUUUAAAAAUGUUCAAAGCUUGGGAGAAAAGCUUUCUUCAUCAGUCAAGGUGUUUGAUAUGGUAUUAAAAUAAUGUCUAAUAAAAGAUAAACUGUG